GCCAAGCUCAAGUCAGUGUUUUUCAGCUGUCAUGAGGUGACGGAGGUACGAGCAGCUUUCAGCCAAAUACCAGUCGGCGUUUUUGUUUUUAGGGUAAACUUUUGGCACUUCCAUUUAUGUAUUUAUGUGUUAGAUAGAUAUCUCUUCUCCGUCCGCGGUUACCUGGAGGACGAUUGAAGCUGCGACGGAACUAUCCGGGCUGUGAUGGAAGAUAAACCCACCUAAAAUUGGGUUAUACAGGUGCAGUGUGAGACACACACAUGGACGUCAGGAGGAAAAACCCCAGUGAUGCUGCCCACCUCUGUAUACUCAACAUCAGCUCCAAAUAGUUACGUCAGCCAGCUGAGCACCUGCCACAACACACCUGAAGAGGACGAUGAGACCAUGAACACCCAGGAGCGACAAGCCAGCUCUGUCCACAAACUGGACUCCAGCUCGGGUCCUGAAGGCCAGCUGAACUGGAUGGACCAGCCAGAGCUCAGCAGACUGAGCUGGAGCAGAGAGCAGGGACAUUCCCUCCCCCAGACCAGCUCCAGCCCGGGCUCCUCCCGGCCCGCUCACCGCCUCCCGGCCGGAUACAGCCAGCCCACUCCCUUCCCCAGCCAGGUGAGCUGGCCCCACCCGAGCCUGGCCAGCGGCUGGUCCAGCUACCCCAGCAGCCUGCCGUCCUGUCUGAGCAGGAAAGAUGACUCCAUCUCUUCGGACGAGGACUCCUCCUUCUCCAGAUACAAGUCCCUUCCUCUCCCCAGUCAACACAGCCCCAGCCUGAGCAGCUUUGAGCAGCCGCUCUCUCUGCACUCCAACCCGCCUCUGGCUGAGUUGUACCACCACACGUUGCCUCCAUAUUCCUGCCUGCCGCAGGGGCCCGCCUGCUGCGCUCAGUGCCCCGUAGAAACCUUCAGCAGGAGGCCCGUGGCCAACAACCGCCCGUGGCCGCAGUGCCACCCGGUUUACGGCCCGUUCUAUGGAGGAGAUGGACGAUUUCCUGGACCUGGAUUUGCACACUUCGGCCCCGGGGCUCCAGCCAAAGAGAGACCCGCCGCCCACAGCGCUCCGCUGUCCCAGGAGCAGAGGAGGGUCUUUGUGACUUAUGAAGCGGACAACGACAAACACGUCAAUGAGAUCAUAAACUUUGUUGCUCUGCUGCGGCACAACGGCUUUGACACUCAUAUUGACAUCUUUGAGCAGCAGUUCAGAAGUAUAAGCAAGAUAGACUUCAUGGAGCGAUACCUCAGGGAGAAAGAGUACCUGAUCAUCAUCAUCAUCAGUCCCAAGUACUAUGAGACGGUGACGGCUUCUCCCUCCAGCCUGGAGAACGACGAGCGGACCUUCAACACAGUUUACAUACAUAAACAGCUCCAGAAUGAAUUCAUCCAAAAUGGAAGCAAGAACUUUAGGUUCAUUCCCAUCCUGUUUCCUGGGGCGAAAAAGUGUCACAUCCCCGACUGGCUUCAAAACACGCACGUUUACGGCUGGCCACGUGACCGUGAUGACAUCCUUCGGCGGCUGAUGAGGGUGGAGAAGUACAAUCCGCCGCCUAUAGGGGAACUUCCAACCAUUGUUUCCAUCCCCAUAUAGAAAACUGUGCUGAGAACAGACGGGACUUAAAACGAAACCUGCUUCCUGGAGAGCAGCGACGUGCUGUGAAGGUGAAAAAGGGGUCUGCGUGUGCUGUCUUGAGUUAACCGUGCGACUGCCAUGUGCGGUGUGAACUGUACAACUGGGUUAUGUUAGAUACUUUUACAAGCUAUUUUAUAAUUUAAGAUCCGUCAAAAGAAAAAAAAAAAAAAAAGUGCCAGAGCUGAUGUUAAAUUUUAAUGUUACUGCACCCCUGUAUAACUAGUGCUGCUUUUAAGACCUUUAACGUGUUAAAACAAAGUUCAGAGUUUAUUAGAGGUAUGAUUUAACAUCAUAACAAAAAAGAUCUUCCAUGUUUUACUGAGGCGUGUGCAUGUACAUUUCAACAAAUAUGAAAUGACAAGUGGCCUGAAGACACACCAGAGCCGCCGGCUGCAGACACAUCCUCGACGCCAAGUCUUCUGUAAAGUUACCCGUGAUGAUGAGAGAAAUGUACCCAUGUUUUUAUAGUAUUAAUGUUACCUGAUGCCUGUAAAAGACUAUUUACAUUACAGAUGGACAUUUUCCUCAAUCCAGUUCUGAUAUUAAAUUAUGUCAAGGCU